GGCGCCCCCGAGCUCUCGCAGCGACCGCGCCAUGGAGCGGCCGGCGCCCCUGGCCGUGCUGCCCUUCUCGGACCCCGCGCACGCGCUGAGCCUGCUGCGCGGCCUGAGCCAGCUGCGCGCCGAGCGCAAGUUCCUGGACGUGACGCUGGAGGCGGCGGGCGGGCGCGACUUCCCCGCGCACCGCGCCGUGCUGGCGGCCGCCAGCCCCUACUUCCGCGCCAUGUUCGCGGGGCAGCUGCGCGAGAGCCGCGCCGAGCGGGUGCGCCUGCACGGCGUGCCGCCCGACAUGCUGCAGCUGCUGCUCGACUUCAGCUACACGGGCCGCGUGGCGGUGAGCGGCGACAACGCCGAGCCUCUGCUGCGGGCCGCCGACCUGCUGCAGUUCCCGGCGGUAAAGGAGGCGUGCGGCGCCUUCCUGCAGCAGCAGCUCGACCUGGCCAACUGCCUGGACAUGCAGGACUUCGCCGAGGCCUUCAGCUGCGCGGGGCUGGCGAGCGCGGCACAGCGCUUCAUCCUGCGCCACGUGGGCGAGCUGGGCCCCGAGCAGCUGGAGCGCUUGCCGCUGGCGCGCCUGCUGCGCUACCUGCGCGACGACGGGCUGUGCGUGCCCAAGGAGGAGGCCGCCUACCAGCUGGCGCUGCGCUGGGUGCGCGCCGACCCGCCGCGCCGCGCCGCGCACUGGCCGCAGCUGCUCGAGGCCGUGCGCCUGCCCUUCGUGCGCCGCUUUUACCUGCUGGCGCACGUCGAGGCCGAGCCGCUGGUGGCGCGCUGCCCGCCCUGCCUGCGCCUGCUGCGCGAGGCGCGGGACUUCCAGGCGGCGCGCUACGACCGCCACGACCGCGGGCCCUGCCCCCGCAUGCGCCCGCGCCCCUCCACCGGCCUCGCCGAGAUCCUCGUGCUCGUGGGCGGCUGCGACCAGGACUGCGACGAGCUGGUCACCGUCGACUGCUACAACCCGCAGACGGGCCAGUGGCGCUACCUGGCGGAGUUCCCCGACCACCUGGGCGGGGGCUACAGCAUCGUGGCUCUGGGAAACGACAUCUACGUGACGGGUGGGUCUGACGGCUCCCGGCUCUAUGACUGCGUGUGGAGGUACAAUUCCAGCGUGAACGAGUGGACAGAGGUGGCGCCCAUGCUGAAAGCCCGCGAGUACCACAGCUCCUCCGUGCUGGAUGGGCUGCUGUACGUAGUGGCUGCAGACAGCACGGAGCGCUACGACCAUACCACAGACUCUUGGGAGGCCCUGCAGCCCAUGACCUACCCCAUGGACAAUUGCUCCACCACGGCCUGCCGUGGCCGCCUCUAUGCCAUCGGGUCCCUGGCAGGCAAGGAGACCAUGGUGAUGCAGUGUUACCACCCGGACACCGACCUGUGGUCGCUGGUGGACUGUGGCCAGCUCCCGCCUUGGUCCUUCGCCCCCAAGACAGUGACUCUGAACGGACUUAUGUACUUCAUCAGGGACGAUUCUGCGGAGGUGGACGUGUAUAACCCCACGAAGAAUGAAUGGGACAAGAUCCCGUCUAUGAAUCAGGUACACGUGGGGGGCAGCCUGGCCGUCCUUGGAGGGAAGCUGUACGUCUCCGGUGGUUACGACAAUACAUUUGAACUCUCUGAUGUGGUGGAGGCCUAUGACCCGGAGACUCGGGCAUGGAGCGUGGUGGGACGGCUCCCAGAGCCCACCUUCUGGCACGGCAGCGUCAGCAUCUUUCGCCAGUUCAUGCCCCAGAUGCCCUCGGGUGGGCGUGGCUUUGAGCUGGACGGCAGCAGCAGUGACAUGGAUGUGGCCCGGCCCCGGCUGCCACAGAACCCGGACGAGCUGCACUAGCCCCGGCCUGGCCCGGGGAAGGGCCUCGGUGUGGGUAACAGUGCGUCUGCAGGGGGUAGGGAGCCCCUUAUUUGUGCACAAGGACAAGUUGGGCUCACCAGGUGGAGCACAGGCUCUCACGCUGCUGAGUGAGCCCCAGGAUCUGACCCCAGGAGAGCCUCUCUGCAUUGAGAGCCUGAUUCCCAGCUGGUGGGGCCAAAGCUGGUCGCAAACGCCCCUCCCUUAGCCCAGGAAGAGCCGCCUCCCUGCCAGCACGGGUCUUGCUCCAGCAGGUGGCCCUCGUGCUGCCACUACCUAUGCCUGCUUGUUCCCACCUCAGAGAGAAGGGCCCCUUGUGGGGUACACAUCGUCCCAUGACUGUCUGAGAGUGGUCCAGGCCUGCAGGAACCAGGCCAACCGUGGCUGUAGGAGUUUCCAAACUCCACAUCCGAUGCUGGACAUCCCAGUGGGCCAGCUCCCCGUGAUGGAAUGGGUCUGCCUGCCUGGCUCCUCUGCCUGCUAGGGUGCUGCACCAGAACACCCUUUACAGGGGUGGGUGACCCAGCAGCUCAGGUGGUAGGACCGGAUGGGGGUGUGGCCUUGGGGGGACCCUGAGAGGUGUGCUGAGUGAAUCCUAUCUCCAGUGAACCUGAGCUGAGCCAGAUGCUGGGUGUCCCCAUCCUCCCACCCCACCAGCUGGCAUGGUGCUGCCUGACUUGGAGACCUCUCCGGAAUUGUCCUCCCAGGUGGAUGCGGGAGAGGGCAAAAGCCUGCGGGUGCCAGGCUCUAGCUACUUACUUUACUGGGAGGCCCCAGGCAGAUGGCCUCAGGUGCCCUCACACCCCCGUGGGAGCAGAGAAUCCUGCUGCUUCCAAAGGAAGCCCUGGGCAAGGCGGUCUCCAGAGCUGGUUGCAGGGUUUGAGAGGCAGUUGGCCUCUCCGUAGAAGAGAGGGAGGUGGGGAGACAGCGAGAAACAGUCCGUUCUGAUUCUUCACUGUCUCACGGUGCCACAGCUGCAGGUCUAUGCAGGGCAGCAUGACACCCCACACUCCUCUGGGGCCUGGGGCUUCUCUGCAAGGGUGGCAGGAGGAGCUCCCCGAAAACUCCACAGCUCAGGGUCCCUGGUUUUCUCUGGGGAGUGAGCGGUCUGGUCACCUUAAAGUCCCCAAGUAACCUUCUGUUGGAUUUGUCUUUCUUCCAAAGACAAAUGGUGUUUGCAUUUCCCUCUUUAGAAAGAUGGGAAACAAGUGUUCAUCGAGUUGUCUUCCCCAGUGACCUAACAUGGAG